GAACACUCGGCCUAGCUCAAGGUCACGAGUGCUCAGCGCCCGCUGAAACUGGGUACCGAAACUUCAAGGCAUGAUUCCCUACAGUCUUGUUCUGAGGCGGGAAGGGAGAGGUUCGAAGCGCGCCCCAAACCCCGCAACAGAGACCCGGGCCCGAUCCGGGUUCCCUAGCUCGUGGCGGACGUGAACUACGGUGCCCGGGGAGGUCCGCUCCCCUCCUUGCCAAGGUUUCUCUCCGCCAAUCACCGCUUGAGGCCCGCCCUGCGCCUCGCCGGAAGGCGACGUUGCCCGAGCAACUGCAACUUCCGGUUUUCAGAGUCUGGCGGCGGGAAAGGCCAUGAGUAAAGGCCGGGCGGAAGCCGCGGCGGGAGCCCCCGGGAUCUUGCUGAGGUACCUGCAGGAGCAGAACCGGCCCUACAGCGCUCAGGAUGUGUUCGGGAACCUGCAGCGGGAACACGGACUGGGCAAGGCGGCGGUGGUGAAGGCUCUAGAGCAGCUGGCCCAACAAGGCAAGAUCAAAGAGAAGACGUAUGGCAAGCAGAAGAUAUACUUUGCGGACCAGGACCAGUUUGACAUGGUCAGUGAUGUUGACCUCCAAGGCCUGGAUGCCAAAAUCGUGGCCCUCACUGCUAACGUGCAGAGCUUGCAGCAGAGCUGCCGCCACAUGGAGGCUGAGCUGAAGGAGUUAACUAGUGCCUUGACCACACCGGAGAUGCAGAAAGAGAUCCAGGAGUUGAAGAAAGAAUGUGCUGGCUACACUGAGAGACUGAGGAACAUUAAAGCAGCCACCAACCAUGUGACUCCAGAAGAGAAAGAGCAGGUGUACAGAGAGAGACAGAGGUACUGCAAGGAGUGGCGGAAGCGGAAGAGGAUGGUGAGUGCAUGGGAGCUACAGGCAGGCCCAGGAAAAUGGCAGCCACCAGGGAAACAGCUGUCCCCUAUCACAGAUCUGUCAGGCAGUGCCGAGUACUUCCCAUCUGAAAAGGGGCGGUUUUGUUUCUUGGCAGGCAACAGAGCUGUCUGAUGCAAUCCUUGAAGGAUACCCUAAGAGCAAGAAGCAGUUCUUUGAGGAAGUCGGGAUAGAGACAGAUGAAGAUCAUAAUGUCAUGCUCCCAGACCCCUGAGAGGCCCUCCAGCAGGACUGGGAACAGAGGUGCCCUGGGCUGGCCGCCUUGUUUAGGUCAGCUUUCUUGUUUCCUGCUGCUGUCCUCCUUUGAGCAUACACCAGAGUGCUGUGUGGAGGGAGGGGGUGCUGGUGGCCCCGAGGGGAUGGUCACACUCAUCAUUCACAUUUUGACUGCUUGAGCUUAACACUUAGACUUGAAACAAUGCUAAAGGAAAGCAUUUAGCAAUAUUUAUUGUAAUAUAAUUUGAUAUAAAAAUAUUUAAUUUCCUCUGGAUAAUCAAACCUCCUGGAUAUCAAACCUGAGGAAGGCAAAAGGGAGGUUGGGGGACAAGGGCAGAGAGAGAGGCUACCAUGCAUGGUAUUCAAGGAGCUCAGGGCCUCACCCAGGACUCUCUUGGGCUCUAAACCCCAGGAGAUCUUUAGAGUAUCUUUCUACCCCUCUUCACCCCAGCCCAAAUCCUGGGAGAAAUGCAGGCAGCACUGAGAUGGUGGGGACCCAGAUACACUUGACAAAAAUGCUGAGAGUGGUCUUGAGGCCUGUUAAUUUUCCAAAAUUGUAACUAACUUUAGCAAAAUUGCAUUGUUGGUGUUUAAAAAAAUAAAAACAUUUAAUAUGUA